AUGAGAUGGCUGAAGAAGAACAAUUAUCAUGACAAAAAGUUGCCGAUUCGACAACAGAUCAAACCAUGGAAUCAAUCAUGGCGCAGCGAUUUUUACGAAAAACAGUGGAUGAUCUUUGCGCCUACCUUCUCAACAGCGAUCCAGCAUCUCGAUCUAGGAAUUGUGCCUGCUACAGCGGGUCAGCCUUACGAACUGGAAGAGGCGCACAUACUUCCCUUCAUCGAAAAGUCCACUGAGACUGGCGAGGGCUCUUUUGGACAAGUCACGAAGUACGUAUUGCACAAGGACCAUAUAGAUCCAGUAAGUGAGGCAGCGCUUCCAAAUCAUACCGCGUAUGCGGUGAAGUUCAUCAAAGGAGAACACAUGAAUGCUCAAGAGGUCGCGGACGACUGGAGAAGGGAGGUGAAAGCGCUUCGUAUGAUGAAUAAGCUGAACCAGGAACAUAUUGUCCGAUUUGUUACUGCUUUCCGCCGCCGCAAGAGGGACCGCACGCAAGAGCAUUAUCUGAUGUUCGAAUGGGCCGACAAUGGGAACCUUCGUGACUUGUGGAGAACCACACACACUCGCAACCUGACUUGCUCUUUAGUCAAAGACGUCGUCGAACAGAUAUUGGGGCUAGCUACAGCACUCCAAGCGGCUCACAAUCUGAACAAAACAGAGGCGUCGUACCGUCACGGUGAUCUGAAGCCCGAAAAUAUUCUUUGCUUUAAGGGUGAGGGCCAGAUUGGGACGCUGAAGAUCGGUGACUGGGGAGAAGCAAAGUUUCACGAAGAAGACCAGGUGACCGAGAUGCGACCCAGCCGGACGACUGCGAAGCACGGCACCCGUCGAUAUGAGGCCCCUGAAGUUGAGACUGGCGUGCAAGUAAAAUGGCUCGGGCAGUCGAGAAAACGUCGCUCUCGUUUGAAUGAUAUAUGGGCAAUGGGCUGCAUCACACUCGAAUGCUUGGUCUGGAUUCUGUAUGGGCCAGAUGGUCUCAAGCAAUUCGAUAUUGAUGUCGGUAACGAGAGCUUCUAUCAAUCCGAUGUUCAGAACGGGAAGUACGUUGCUUGGGUACAUCCUGCUGCGGUCCGAUGGAUGGAUACAAUGGCACAGGACUCCGCGUGCUCUGUAGGUACCACCGCCCUUGGGGACCUCCUGGAAGUCGUUAGAACGGCUCUUUUAGUGGUCAAGCUGCCAAGGCGACUAGGUACUGGCCUUCCUGAGCCGGAUGCGGUAAGGCCUAGGGCAGAUUCAGGCAUAGGCACAAACACUACCAGAGAUGAGGCUGCCAUCGAUCUCCAGAACGACGACCAUCUCUCUAGCGACGACGAGACGCCUACUGUGGAGGGUGUUCCAAUGGUUACUGUCACUGGCCCCGACAACGAACCUCAGCAGGAGCGGGAAGAGGAGGCCGAGAAAAUUCCUGUGCCAGCAGAACCAGAAGAGGAAGGUCCAGCGCGAUGUCUUUCCCGUGAAUUCAAACGCCGUAUGGAGCAUAUCUUCUAUGAAGACGAGAACCCUGGCUACUGGGAUACGCACGAGGAGAGGCCCAGAACAGUACCUUUGGACCUGGCGAGCUCGUCUGUCAUUACUCGUCGCCCAUCAGGAUCGAAAGUCGACUAUGCGCCUCCGGAUCUUAAUGAGAACGACUGGAAGCCACACCUGGACAACGACUACGCACUCAACAUGUUCACCACCAUUGGACAGGACAGAUUGCCAAAGCAACCGUCGACCUGCAGUGUAUCCGAUGUAUGUGAUACUUGUAAAAUGUUUGUCACAGGUCUUUGGGAGAUCGACUUCGAGAUGAAAUACGAUGCUACUGUACUCGCUGCUAGUGCUGCAUCUAAUACCUGUCAACUGUGCGCACUGCUUUGGCGAACAUAUGACCUUCAUUGCAAGAGCAGACCCAAGAGUGUACGGGUGGAAAGAGCAGGGCAUGUUUUGAAGAUGAACAGCAACAGGGAUGCUGUUCUGACCAUCGUUCGUCAGUUUGGGAAGGACUUGGGCUCUACUACUGACUACCAGAUUGGGCUUAUCGAGAUUCCAGAGGCAGGCAGUCCAACUCAUAUUGGUAUCAUUCAACAUUGGCUCAGAGAUUGUGAUGAUCGACAUAAGGAGCCUCUUGUGCAAUGCCGGAACACAUCCAAAAGCGAGUUACCUACUAGGUUGCUAGACAUUGGCUCUACUAGUAGCGGCGUUGUCUACUUGCGUGAGCGGAAAAAUCUACCGGCGGAUAAUGGAGACUGGAUAGCGCUUUCACAUCAAUGGGGCAAAGGGAAAUAUUGCACGACACGAAGCAAUCUCGAAGAACACCUAAGCGGCAUUAAGUUUGAAGACUUACCAGACACUUUCAAGGACGCGGUCAAGAUCACUCGCGCUCUCGGCAAGCGAUAUCUCUGGAUCGACUCUCUCUGUGUCAUUCAAGGCAAGGAUGGAGACUUCAAAGACGAAGCGAAGCGUAUGGAAGGUGUGUACAGCGGCGCCUAUUGUGUCAUUGCAGCCAGUAGCGCGACCGAUCACUACUCGGGAUUCCUGAACAAGCGUAAACGCAGGGACUAUGUUGGGUUCAAGCCACAAGAAAAGGAUCAAUCCCCCUUCUUCAUCUGUGAAAACGUUGACAACUUCAAGAGACAUGUAUUGGACGCUGGUCUGAACAGUCGUGGCUGGGUCCUGCAAGAGCACGCGCUGGCCCGUCGCACUAUCUUCUUCACUGAGCAUCAAACAUACUUCGAAUGCGGCUGUGGAGUACAAUGCGAGACAUCAACGAAGUUGUGGAAUGGAUCUGCAUCAUUCCUAGGGGACCCAGAGUUCCCACGGUUGCUGUACCAGGCGACACAAGGUGGCAAGAUCCUCAGGAUUCAAGGUUUAUUCAGCAAAUACUCGCGACUUGGACUGUCCAAAGCCUACGACAGACCUGUAGCCAUUGCAGGACUGCAGAAAAGGCUGUUGAGCACAAUCAGGGUCGCAGGAGACUUUGGCAUACUCGAUGGCCGCGACACCAAAGGUCUCCUCCGGCGAACCUUACUAUGGCGUCGGGGCUCAAAGGUGUCGAGCCUGCGCCCCAUCGACUUCUCGGAAAGCCAAGCGACAAUAUCAGUGCCAUCAUGGUCGUGGAUGGCUUACGAAGGUGGUAUAGAUUAUCUCAAACUGGAAUUUGACCACUGGGACUGGGCACACUUGCAGUCACCCUGGAAUACCGAGCACGAAAAGAGGAUUGCAGACGUUGAUCCAAGCACACUGAACAUCACUCUCGUUUCCCACGCCCAAAUCUGCGAUUUCAAGGCUGCCACCGAGACUGAGAUCGAGCGUCAUCUUGAUAACCAGGGACGUCUGUUGCAGGGAAGGCCAUUGUGCGUUGUUCUUGGCAGAACAAAGGGCACCGAUGCGGUUGACGAUCAGAAGCACUGUGUGCUUAUCGUUGCUCCAAAGCUGGACAGAGACACGUUUGGUAAUAGGAUCUAUGAGCGGAUCGGCGUUGCUAUUUUGCCUGGCAAGUGCAUUUCCCCAAACACCAAGAUUGUACACAUUCAGUGA